GGAAGGCGGCCAAUGAGCGUCCUCGGGGUAAGCGGCGAGGCCAACAUGGCUUCCUGCACUUGGUGACUGUUGAAGCAAUUGUGUUAGGUCUCAUGGAGAAACCCCGGGGAAUGGAGGAGAUUCCUUCUUCAGAACCAAUGGAGGAAGAGGAGGAAGAUGACGACUUAGAGCUCUUUGGAGGCUACGACAGUUUCCGGAGCUACAACAGCAGUGCGGGCAGCGAAAGCAGCUCCUAUCUCGAGGAGUCCAGUGAAGCAGAAAACGAGGAGAGGGAAGCAGGGGAGCUGCCCACCUCCCCGCUGCACCUGCUCAGCCCUGGGACUCCUCGCUCCUUGGAUGGCAGUGGUUCCGAGCCAGCUGUCUGUGAGAUGUGUGGUAUCGUGGGUACAAGGGAAGCCUUCUUCUCCAAGACCAAGAGAUUCUGCAGUGUCUCCUGUUCCAGGAGCUACUCCUCCAACUCCAAGAAAGCCAGUAUCCUGGCUAGAUUACAGGGAAAACCGCCGACCAAGAAAGCCAAGGUCCUGCACAAAGCGGCCUGGUCUGCCAAAAUCGGAGCCUUCCUGCACUCGCAGGGGACGGGGCAGCUGGCAGAUGGGACACCGACAGGGCAGGACGCGCUGGUCUUGGGGUUCGACUGGGGCAAGUUUCUGAAGGAUCACAGCUACAAGGCUGCCCCCGUCAGCUGUUUUAAACACGUCCCUCUCUAUGACCAGUGGGAGGAUGUGAUGAAGGGGAUGAAGGUGGAGGUGCUCAACAGCGACGCCGUGCUCCCCAGCCGGGUGUACUGGAUCGCCUCUGUCGUCCAGGCCGCAGGGUACCGGGUGCUGCUGCGGUACGAGGGCUUUGAAAAUGACGCCAGCCACGACUUCUGGUGCAACCUGGGGACCGUGGACGUCCACCCCAUCGGCUGGUGCGCCGUCAACAGCAAGAUCCUGGUGCCCCCUCGCACCAUCCAUGCCAAGUUCACCGACUGGAAGGGCUACCUCAUGACACGGCUGGUGGGCUCCAGGACGCUUCCCGUGGAUUUCCAUAUCAAGAUGGUGGAGAGCAUGAAGUACCCCUUUCGGCAGGGCAUGCGGCUGGAGGUGGUGGACAAGUCCCAGGUGUCACGGACCCGCAUGGCCGUGGUGGACACGGUGAUUGGGGGCCGCCUGCGGCUCCUCUACGAGGACGGCGACAGCGACGACGACUUCUGGUGCCACAUGUGGAGCCCCCUGGUCCACCCCGUGGGGUGGUCGCGGCGCGUCGGCCACGGCAUCAAGCUGUCAGAGAGGCGCAGCGACAUGGCCCACCAUCCCACCUUCCGGAAGAUCUACUGUGAUGCCGUCCCGUACCUGUUCAAGAAGGUCCGAGCCGUCUACACAGAAGGCGGUUGGUUCGAGGAGGGGAUGAAGCUGGAGGCCAUCGACCCCCUGAACCUGGGCAACAUCUGCGUGGCAACCAUCUGCAAGGUCCUCCUGGAUGGCUACCUGAUGCUCUCUGUGGAUGGGGGGCCCUCCACGGACGGCUCCGACUGGUUCUGCUACCACGCCUCCUCCCACGCCAUCUUCCCAGCCACCUUCUGCCAAAAGAAUGACAUCGAGCUCACACCCCCAAAAGGGUUCGAGACGCACACUUUCAGCUGGGACGCCUACCUGGAGAAGACCAAGUCCAAAGCGGCUCCGUCCAGACUCUUUAACAUGGACUGCCCCAACCACGGCUUCAAGGUGGGCAUGAAGCUGGAGGCCGUGGACCUGAUGGAGCCCCGGCUCAUCUGCGUGGCCACGGUGAAACGGGUGGUGCACCGGCUGCUCAGCAUCCACUUUGAUGGCUGGGACAGCGAGUACGACCAGUGGGUGGACUGUGAGUCCCCGGACAUCUACCCCGUGGGCUGGUGCGAGCUCACUGGCUACCAGCUCCAGCCGCCCGUGGCCACAGAGCCCACUGCACCUCUGAAGGCCAAAGAGGCCACGAAAAAGAAAAAGAAGCAGUUUGGAAAGAAAAGGAAAAGAAUACCGCCGACCAAGACCCGGCCCCUGAGGCAGGGGUCGAGGCAGGCCCUGCCCGAGGAGGAUCCGAAGGCCGCAGACAAGGUCUCGUCCGGUGCUGAUGAGAGUAAGAGCCCCGGCCUGCUCCCGGGCUCAGAGGCGGCCCUCCUCCUUCCCCGCCUGGGCACAGGAAGGCGCAGUCAGUGUCGCAGGGAGCCCUCCGGGCGCCAAGCAGCCGUCCGCAGACCCCCGGGCCCGCAGGGCGGCCACACACCCAGCCCCAGACCCGAACGGAGCCGGGCGGCCCCGGCCUCCUCCCCGCCCCCUCCGGACGCCCCCGUCCGCGGGAAGCGGAACCCCUCCCCCGGACCCUGAGCCCCUGCCCCUCCCAGAGUUCCAUGCGGUCUCUCCUCUCUCUCCCGCCUCCCACGCCCCCUCUGCAGUCGUCACUGUGCGCGUGAAGGAGGAGCACGUGGACGCAGCCUCGCCCGACCAGGCCCCGGGGCCCGAGCUGCCUGUGUCCCUUGAGAACAUCAAGCGGGAGGCAGACGCCUGAGCUGUCCCUGCUGCCGGCCUGGCCACCCAGGACACCAGCCCAGGGCUCCUCCGUCACCGCCAGCCCACUGUAACCUGGAGGCUGAGCCUUUUUGCGUAGAUUCGGCCUGGUGCUGAGGGUCCCCGGCACUGAAGGGCCAGCCAGGGUCUCCUUUGACCCGCCCUGUGACCUCCGCCCUCUCUGGCAAGGCCCGGUGCCUGGGACCGCCUGGAGCCCCCGCACUGGUCCGCAAGCGGCCCCUCCCCCGCUAGGCUCCCAAGCCCUCCCUCCCGGUAGCUCCCCCCACGCCCACCGCAGCCCUCCGGUGCCGGGGUGGGGCUGUCGUCCGGUCACACUGCAAGACGGGGCAGUGAAGAGAGUGCGCGCGCGCGGGUGCCCGGCAGGUCGCGCCAAUAAAAGUCGGCAGCAGCCCUUGAGAGGGACAGUCACUGACGGACGGCGAGCGGAGUGCGGGGUCGGCUUCUGUCUACUGCACCCAAGUGGCCUGCCCUGCCUCCCGGGUUGGGCUCUGGCGGGCCGCGGGGAGGCAGUGACCAGGAGGUCGGUGUCAGUGACUUGUGAGGCGGCCUGGACCUGUUCCUCUGUGGGCGGGAGCCCUGACUCCCACUUCUGCAAGGGCCGGUGGGACGGGCGGGGUCUGCCCGCCGGGCCGGGGGGCUUGCCCGGGGCCUAGAGAGGGGCCGCCACACCAGCCCGUGCGCCCUGGGGAGGGCGGGCGGCGUGUGGAAGGGGCGCGAGGCCUGGGUGUGGGGGAGCCCCCACCCGAGAAGAGGGGUGACAGGGCGCGCUUCCCGGCUCCCCCUCCGCUCCCGUCCGAGCCCUUCACCCCUGCCCGCAGGUUUUCCUCCGCUGCGCUCUGGAGCUCUGUUCCAGGCCACCCAGUGUUUGCCCACACGACGGCCUUCUCUCCCUGGCCAGCCCCCCUGGAAACUCUCCUUUCCCGUCAGUCCUGUCCCCGUGACCUGCUCUUUCUGGAGCCUGAGGCCGAAGCUGUGGCCUCGGCCCUUUUCUCUCCUCCCAAGUUUGGGGCUAGGACCGCGCCGCCGGGUGGGCAGACGGGGUCUCGGGGCGCAGCCGCGCUUGGCCGGAGUCCAGCGGCCCCGUGAGCCGGUCCGUCGGGGGCGUGGCCUGUGCUUGCCGCGCCGCACGCUGUUUGCUCCGGGUCUGGGCUGCUCGGUGCUGCCCGGGGAUGGGGAGCGCGGCCCGGGGAGCCGGUUUCCGGUCAGUUCGGAGGGCUCGGCCUGGUCUCCUGCUGAAGGCACGAGGCAGGCCCGCACAGUGCGGAGAGCGGCCUGUCGGUACAGCCCGAGGGCUCCAGGAAGUGACUAGAUUUGGAGCACGAUGAUGACCAGAAGCAGGGACCGCUGUCCACCCCUCUCUCUCUCUCUCUCUCUCUGCCGGUCAGCGCAUCAGCCCCCAGGGAGGGGGGUGGCCUCUGCCUGCGCUCCGGCCCCUCGGCCUGCUCGCGGAGCCCUGCCUUUGCCGAGGGUGACGUGCCCAGUAACAGCCAUCCCCUUGCCAGUGAGGGUCCAGUUCUGACCGGAGAAUCCUGGGGAAACGGUCGGCGCGGCCUUUUGGCCUUCAGUCCCCCCUCGGGUGAGGGCGUGUCGGCUGCAGGCGCCACGGCCCCGCGGUUCCCCGGGCAGAGCCGGGGCAUGGGUUCGGCGGCCACCGGAGCCCUGGGCUGGCCUCCAGACGCGAGACAAUAAACGCACUCCGUCGGGCGUCUGGUCCUCUCAGCAGUGCGCUUUGUGCACCACCUCGGGGACAGGGACGAGGUGAGGCCACCGUGGCGAGAAUAGUGUCUCCUGUCUCUCCUGAGCGCUGGUCUCCAGAGCCACUCCCUUCAUUAUCUUCAUGUCUUCGGAAAUGAAGACAUAUCUUCACUUCUGCCACUCCCUCCCCGCGACCCUGAGCUCCCCCGAGGCCGAGCCUGUGCCUGGCCUGUCCCUCGUACCCCCUGCAGGGCCCGGCGGGACGUGUGUGUGAUACGGAGGUGGGAACGACCGGUGUUCCUGGGGCACAGAUGUCAGUGUGGUGUGUCGCAGGUGCAAGUGUGGCCCUCUGGGCCGUUUGCACUCCCGGCACAGAGUGAGCCUGCGCCACCUCGACCCCCCGGUGGUCUCCCGGCGGUGGGGCUGCUGGCUGGGAAGCGAGCCGAGGGACACGCCCCGCCUCCUGCUGCUUGCCGCACAGUGGCUCCUGGGUGGCGGUCAGACCAAAUCCACGUGCUUGAGGGACAACACACACACACCCCUUUCCUGUCACCCAGGCCACCCUAGGCUCUGCUCGAGGGGCCAGGGGGCAAGGGGACGGCUGUUUCUGCCCGGCCCCGGUUCCUAUACACAGCUUUUACCGCCUGCGCAGUAGGCCCGCGAGGGUAAGAGGGCUCACUGGGGUCCAGCGACUUGGUUGCUUAGACUGACUGAAAUGACUGCAGCGGGAGGAAGCCCUGGCCGCUCUGCUGGUUCUCUGCACUCGGUUGUUCACGCGACGGCUGUAAGCGUCUCCCACAGGCCGCGCGCCAGGCUAGAGGCCGGGCGUCAAAGGAGAGCCGUGCCUGGUCCGGCCUGGGCCUCGGCGAGAGCAGCACCCACUCCCGGACAUCCCUCCA